UCAGAAUUCUGGACAGAGUAUGUCCCCUUGUGAGGGUAGUCAAUCCAUACCCAAUAAAGGAUCAGAGAAUGGUGCUGAACAAUGGGAUGGAAAAUUGGAUCUUUGGAAACCUUUGAAUUGUUUAGUAGAGGUUGCAAGUAGGAGUAAAUCUUUUAAGUCUAAUGUUCAAGGGUCUGAUGGAAAAUUAGAAACCAUACAAGUAAAUGAGAAUGACUCUCAAGUGCAGAAAACCAAAAAUAAGGAAAUUAAGCGUAAGGCAAAAGUUGAUGAUGAAAAGAUUAGCCCUUAUCCUGUCUCUUCAGACACAGCAAAACCCAAUAAACUGCGCAGAAUACGCAAGAAAAAGGAGCCUGCUUCUGGAGAAUCAGGCAUAUCCCCCCAAGCUGUGUUAGAUUCUGCCAGCAAUAGACUCUUAAGGACUGGUCCAAUUUGGUUCUCCUUAGUAGCUUCUGAAAACCAGGAAGGAGAUGCACCCUUGCCCCAAAUUCCUGCAAGUUAUGUGAGAAUAAAGUAAGUUCCCACGGACUCCCUAUACCUGUAUUGACACUGUUUAGUACAUUUAGUUUUGAUUUAUUGCAUGCUUUUAAAAUAGGAAUGUUAUGCUUGGAGUAGUAGAACUCAUGUUACCGAGUACCAUAUAUGUGAAUCUCUAAACAAAUAUUCAUGAAUAUUCAUCUCAGUUUAGCCUAUCCCCAUGUAAAAUUCU